CUAGACUCCCUCCCUUUGAAUCCAAGACUCUCUCUCUAUAGCAUUCACAAACUCCCAAGCAAAACCCACAUUACAUUCCCAAAAAAAAAGAAAAAAGACACUACUCUCUACCAAUCUUAUUAGCUAGACUCUCUCUCAUGAGGAAACUCUGUCCCAACUUUGAUCGUGAAGAUGGGCUCGACACAGUCCUCGAGGUCCCAAUCCCAGAAGAGAUGUUCUCCAACAAGAACAACAAUAGUUCAUGGCAAAACAUGAAGUCAUGGAUGAAACCAAACGGUGAAAAAUCACAACAGGCCAUGACAACAGUAUUUGGAAGCCGAAAUGCAGAGAUACAACUCUUGCUUGGUGUCGUUGGAGCUCCAUUAAUCCCUCUUCCUAUCCGGGCUGAUCACCAACCCAUCAACUCCAACAUCAAAGACAACCCUAUUGAGGCUUCGGUGGCGAAAUACAUAGUGCAACAGUACAUAGCAGCAGUGGGGGGAGAGAAGGCAAUGAGGUCAAUAGACAGCAUGUAUGCAAUGGGGAAAGUGAGAAUGGGUGCGUCAGAGUUCAGUUCAGGUGAAGGUAGCUUGAACAAUAAGGUGGUGAAGGUGAAGAGUGUGAGACAUGGGGGUGGAGAGAUGGGUGGGUUUGUGCUUUGGCAAAAGAGGCCUGGCUUAUGGUGCUUGGAGCUUGUGGUCUCUGGUUGCAAAGUCAGUGCCGGUAGUGAUGGUAAUGUGGCUUGGAGGCAAACCCCUUGGCACCACUCUCACGCUUCACGUGGUCCACCUAGGCCUCUUAGGCGUUUCUUACAGGGUCUUGAUCCAAUGUCCACAGCAAAUUUAUUCUCAAAUUCAGUCUGCGCUGGUGAGAAGACAAUCAACGAUGAAGACUGUUUCAUACUAAAACUUGAAGCUGAAUCCUCAACACUAAAAGCAAGAAGCAACAGCAACGUAGAAAUAAUCAGGCACACAGUGUGGGGCUGCUUCAGCACAAGAACAGGCCUAUUAGUCCAACUAGAAGACUCUCACCUCCUCAGAAUCAAAGCCCCAAGAAAUGAAAGCAUAUACUGGGAGACCACAAUGGAGUCAUUGAUCCAAGACUACCGAACCAUAGAUGGGAUUAACAUUGCGCACGCGGGCAAGACCUCGGUCUCUUUGUUUAGGUUUGGUGAGAACCCAGAAAGCCAUUCUAGGACUCGAAUGGAAGAGGUUUGGACAAUUGAAGAAGUUGAUUUUAACAUAGAGGGAUUGUCCAAAGAUUGUUUCUUGCCUCCUGCUGACUUAGAGAAAGAGGAAGAAGGGUGUGGUGUAACAAAUGAUGACGUGAAGUUACCAUUAAUGAAAGAGGAAGAAGGGUGUGAUAUAACAAGUAACGUGAAGUUACCAUUAAAGAUUCGAUCGGCUUCUUUUAGGAUUAAUUCCUCUAAGGUAGUAGCUAUCGAUGUUGAAGACUCGGAUUACAUUGAGAGUGAGGAAGAGUAACGUUCAAUCUGUUUUCAUUUUGUACAUAUAUGGUACACCAUCGCAUUAUUUAUACACGAUAAUGCGCAAUUUAGUUUUGCAUGGGUGAAUUGUUUAAGUACUCAAUUUAAACAUAAAAUGAGAGUCAUCAUUAAGGUAUGUUAUGGUGGUGAUGUGUAAACUGCAUGCAUAUCUCCCAUCAACGGAGAGGUGCUUUUUAGAAAGUCAGGACUAGAGGGGCAUUUCAUGACCUCGCAUCCAUAUAUCAGACUUUGGA